UCUGACAAUAGCAUUCGGGACUGCCGAACUGGAUACAAAGGGCGCUUUGUUACUCUCACAGACAGCUGACAGAUAUUCAAACUAGUGAUCAUGUAUCAGUACUCUGAGACCAAUAAUUCCACUUCCCUCUUACGCUGGUGUCGUCGAUUUAUACAUCAACAGGCAUGACGCUCCCAUUUCAGAAUUAUAAAACGCCGCCCCGCCGGCACUGGAGCACGCCAGAUGUGUUCAGUUCCAGGACCAAAGUGAGGAGCUUAGCGGAAAAAAAAUUACACCAACAGGCAUGGCGUCAAGCGUAGGAUCGUAUAUUUCGCUUUAUUUGACUGCUCUUUAUCUGGGAACGGACUCUGUCACGAUAACCUGCACAAGGAAACAAUUUAAUGAACCUCCACCAGAGUGGGCAAUGGCAAAUGAGAGAACCCCUUCAGAUAUUUUCGAUCUUCAAGUUCAGUUACAACCAUCAGAAGAAAGUCAGAGUCCAGUACUUAAUAUCAGCUGGAUCAUCAGCCCAGAUGGAAGCAUUCAAGAACUUAGAGCCACUAUGAUAUGCAUUCAAAGUCAACAAAAGGUCUGUUUUCGAUGUGAUUAUAGUGCAUUGUUUGAAUCAGCACGGAAUCCUCAAGAUCAACCAUGGCAAUUUUAUUUUGCUGACUAUCCUGUUGAGCCAGAAACCAAUUACUUUGUGACUGCAUUCAACAUCCCAACAGCAAAUACUGGCGAAUAUCCACCUGAGAGAUCCAUUCUUCUUUCCGCACCAUCUUGUUUUGAUGUGACAAUGAAAAAUCAUGAAAGCUGUGAAGAUUCCCAGUGGAAUCCAAACAUAUCUCUGUGUUUGGUUAAUAACGACGUGGUUAUCAAUUUUACUGCCAGUCCAAACUCAUUACGUUAUGAUGUUGAGCUGGUCAUGUGCGAUACCAUUAUGACACCAAAAUUAAAUGCGACAACAAUUUCUCAGUCAAACAGAUCAAGAAUAUCCAUAACAUUUCUGAGGAAUGAUGUACUGGAUCUUUUAGAAGGAUAUUGCGUGACAAUAAGACCGCAUUUCCCUCUAUGUCAACAUUACUGCUAUAUACAUGAAAAAGUACUGAACUGCUCCAAGAAAGAUGACUACAAGAAAUACACCGAAGAUAGCCCGAGUUUAAUCCCAGGGCACCCAUAUUUCAUCCAUGUUUUCAUUGUACUCUGUGUGAUCUUACUUGCUCUGGGACUUGGGUUGUAUCUAAUUGGUAAAUUAGGCAAAGUCAAUGAAAGAAUUGUAUUCGCCAAUGAAAUACAUCGGCUACAACCAGUUAAAGUCCUAAUCAUUUACUCAAUGGAUAAUACACCAUUCCAAAAUGUUGUCCUGACUUUUGCUGAAUUGCUGCAAAGUUCCACUGGAAUCCAAGUAAUCAUCGACAUGUGGCAAAAGAUCGAUAUUGCUGAAGUAGGCACUGUUCAAUGGCUUGCCACCCAGAAGGAGAAUGUGGAUAAGAUCAUUAUUGUAUGUUCAAAAGAUGUCAAAAUUAAGUGGGAUACUAUUUGUUAUGAAACAAACAUGAAACAAAAAUUGAAUAAUUCAGAAGACCUGUUUUCUAUUGCGUUGAAUGUAUUUUGUAGUGAUUUGCAAAAUGGUGCGUAUCUGCAUAAGUUCAUUAUUGUAUAUUUUGAUCAAAUAAGCUCAGCCAAAGAUGUUCCCAAUAUUUUUAGUUCAUGCGUGAAGUACUGUCUUGGGAAAGAUAUCAAAAAAUUAUACAGAAAUUUAUAUGGUGCCUCGCAGAAACCAUGUAGUGAACAUGCUGUUCUGAUGCCAUACUACAAUUACAAGAUUGCAUAUAAUCAGAAGAUGAAAAAGGCUAUUUUAGAAUUUAAGUGUUGGCAGAAUAUUCAUACAAAUUCAAAUGCACUUGAGAUUACAUUGGAGGAUUUCGCAUGAAACGACAUGGAAAAAAAAAUCUUCAAACAAAUUGUGGAAGCUUUGGAAAGGGUGCAGAGGAGAUUUACUAGGAUGUUGCCUGGUAUGGAGGGAAGGUCUUACGAGGAAAGGCUGAGGGACCUGAGGCGGUCUUCAUUAGAGAGAAGGUUGAGAGGUGACUUAAUUGAAACAUAUAAAAUAAUCAGAGGGUUGGAUAGGGAGAGCCUUUUUCCUAGGAUGGUGAUGGCGAGCACGAGGGGGCAUAGCUUUAAAUUGAGGGGUGAAAGAUAUAGGACAGAUGUCAGGGGUAGUUUCUUUACUCAGUAGUAAGGGAAUGGAACGCUUUGCCUGCAACGGUAGUAGAUUUGCCAACUUUAGGUACAUAUAAGGGGUCAUUGGAUAAGCAUAUGGACGUACAUGGAAUAGUCUAGGUUAGAUGGGCUUGAGAUCGGUACGACAGGUCAGCACAACAUCGAGGACCUGUACUGUGCUAUUAUGUUCUAUGAUACAGGGUACCUUCCUCCUAGCACUAACUACAGAGCAGAGCAAAUCUGAACUUUAGUUCUUGGUCUUAACUGAUGUGCACAAUCUCAAUCAUUGACUGUCACCUCAGUGCCCUUAGGAUAAGGAGGAAAGACAAUGUCUAUACAUCUUGAUGGCAACUGAACAGCUCAUACUAGAAUGAUGUGUGCGAACAUCAAAUGAUCAAAUUUUAGUUCAUAUAUCUUGAUGGCAUUGAUUAUUUGAACUAUACCUGUCAUUUUAGGCAAUAAUUGAAGUUUCUUCAGCAUGUCUAUAUAAUUGAAAUCCUUUGACCUGGUAUCUUUAUUGUAGUUCUCUCUUGUACCCUCUCAAAGGCUUUAACAUCCUUGCUAAAAUGCUGUGGUCAGAACUGAAUACAGUUCUCCAAUUGAGGCCUGAGCAGUGUUGUAUAAUAUUUAACAUUUGUUCUUAGUUAUAUUCAGGUACCCACUAACUUUUUUUUUAAUAGUCACUUCAACUUGCUUGUCUUCUUAAAUGUAUGUAUAUACACACUUCCAGUUCUGUGUUCCGAUACUCUUUUUUGAAAUUAUACCUCUUAAUAUGUUAUGCUUAGAGUGCUAUGAUGGUGAUUGAAA